AGAAUUUGUGAAAUGAAGUAUCGUGUUUAAGUACUGCAUCAGGAACCUCUUUCAACUGCAUUCUUCGCUUCUUCGCAGGAGCAGAGGAAUUCUUAGCUGGCCUUUUUUUUUGUAAACCCGUCAAGGGUGUCGUUUUCCCUUUUUCCCUUUUUAAAGAAUUAUUUCCCGCUUUCUUACUUCGCUACACGAACCUUUACUCCUCCUCAAAAAAAGAAAAGAAAACAACACAAUCCGGGAGCUGUACGUUCCGCUUCACCUUUGGGAGUUUUUUUCUUCUUAUUCUCUUCUUCCCUCCCUCCCUCCCCUCCUCUCGUAUCCCCCCCCGUUUCUACCAAGACCACCGUACGCACUACGCAUACAUCAGUGCUGCCAACAACGGGCCUUCGUUCGCGCUUCUGCCCUUCAGCGGCUGCCUGACUACGGAAGUCUUUCGUUAUUUCUAGUUUCGUUACUCGUAAAAACAAACCGGAGGGUCCCGUGCGGCGUCAACGAUGAGCAAUGCAGCCAUUUUCCCCAUGGUGCAGGCUCUCAUCGAGAAGAUGCUCACCGUGAAGGGCAACCGCAUGCAGCGCCAAAUUUUGAUAAAGGAGGAGGAGAUCCGUGCCGUACUCACCGAGGUGCGGGAGAUUUUUAUGGCGCAGCCGAUGCUGCUAGAGAUUCGCCCACCGGUGCGCGUGUGUGGUGACACGCACGGCCAGUACUACGAUCUCCUUCGCAUUUUCGAGAAGUGUGGCUUCCCUCCGUACUCGAACUACCUGUUCCUUGGCGACUACGUAGACCGCGGCAAGCACAGCGUAGAGAACAUCAUUCUUCUGUAUUGCUACAAGAUCAUCUACCGAGAGAACUUCUUUCUCCUGCGCGGCAACCACGAGUGCGCUAGUAUCAAUAAGAUGUACGGCUUCUUCGAUGACGUGAAGCGCCGGUACAACAUCAAGCUCUUUAAGACCUUUACGGAUGUAUUCAACACGAUGCCUGUGUGCUGCGUGAUUAGCGAAAAGAUAAUCUGUAUGCACGGCGGCCUUAGUCCGGACUUGACAUCUGUAGCUUCCGUGAUGACAUCGAUCGCCCAUGUGAUGUCCCCGAUCGCGGUAUCCUGUGCGACCUGCUGUGGGCUGACCCGGAGGAUGACGUGCAGGGCUUCUUAG